CGUGCUACCUCACACACACCAACACCUCCCACCCUCUCCUGUGCUGUCGCUUCAGUAAUCGAGCGUCGAGCUUCACGAUCAUCGCCUCUGCAGCCACCAUGCGCGCUCCAUGUUGUCACACUGUGGGCUUCUCCUCGGUGAACAUCGCGGAACGGGCACGGAGCAGCGGCGGGAGGACCACCGCACACCCCGCAACUUGUUAGCGUGCGUGCGUGUGCGUGUGUGACAGGAAAGGCAGGCAGGCUGUGUUUUCGACAUGGAUGUGACGUCUUCUGCCCAGCACACACGACUCCGUUCCGCGCGUGACCCUGGGAACCACACAGCGCAGAGAGUGACGCGCUAAUCAUCUGGAUGAAAGUCAAAAGUGGGGUUGGAUGGCCAUGGACCCAUUCAGCCAGCUUAUCCUCACCAUCUCAGUGACCAGUUUCUUCACCUUCCAGUGGCUCUUCCACAAAGUCAGCCCCUGGGUGUCCAUACGAGUCAGCCCUGGCUUCCUCGGCCUCGGUGACAAGCAGAAGGUGGAAUGGAACUCAAGGACAGUUUCAACGUUUCACGCACUGUUGGUGGGAAUCUUCUGUCUCUCCAUCUUGUUCUUCGAUGAUGCCGUCAAUGAAGACCCAGUCUGGGGAGAUCCUACACUGGUGAAGACUAAUGUGGCCAUCACAACAGGCUACCUCAUAUCUGAUCUGCUGCUAAUAUUUUACUAUUGGAAGGCGAUAGGGGACAAGUUUUUUGUAGUUCACCAUCUGGCAGCGUUGUAUGCUUACUACUAUGUACUGGGCGAAGGAAUGUUGCCUUAUUUUGCUAACUUCCGUCUGCUCGCUGAGUUUUCUACACCAUGUGUGAACCAGCGCUGGUUCUUUGAGGUACUAGGUUAUGCCAAGUCCUCGCGACCCAACAUGGCAAAUGGCGUUGCCAUGGCAGUAGUGUUUUUCGUGGUACGCAUCGCCGUCAUGCCCGUCUACUACAGUCGCAUGUAUGCAGUCUAUGGCACGGAGGCCUUCUACCUUGUGCCGUGGGGUGGCCGCGUAGCUUGGAUCUGCUCCAGCAUCUGCUUGGAUGUCAUGAACAUUAUGUGGAUGCAUAAGAUCGCCCGUGGCUGCUACAAGGUGUUGCGCUCAGCUCACCGGAGCAAAGCCAGCACGCCUCAGGAGAAUGGGAAGACAGAUUAAGGGAACCAGGAAGUCCGUGGCCACAAUAUGGACAAAAAUGACGUCACUCUCAGUGCACUGGUUAGCAACAGGUGGGACCCCUCACAUGUCGAGCUGCUUCAGCAGGAGCACACCUGGGAUUUGUGACAUUAAAAGGCUGAAUGUAAUGAGGGAAACUGAGAUUCCUUUUGGAAAGUGGGUACAGUCACCGAGACGUACCGAUGGACCAAUCAACUGGCCGUCCGUAAGCCAUGAAAUGACGUCUUAGCAAUACUCUGCGGCAUGGCCACUUAUUUUUCUCUUGAACAAUUUUACGACUACACAAAAGAGGUUGUGCGGGGACAGUGGACUGUUAGCCCGAACCGGAAAUUGUCCAAAAGUUUACUGUUCUUUACAUAUUUGUUAGUCAACGAAUGAAUUCAAAAUUUGAGUUUGUGUCGACAAAGAGGCCAACACUUGAGGGAACCGUGUAAUAAACGUAUUGGUGCCAUGAAAUCAUUGGGAGCUGCCUCCUGAGGGAGAAGAGUCUAGCAUCACUUUUAUUUCCCCUCCUUCUUUUAGAUGCAGGUACUUGGUUGAGAUGCACAAAGGGUAAUAACUGAGAAGAAUACGUAUGAAUACAUCACCUGGUCACUCAUUCGUUUUCAUUCGCUUUUAAAAAAUCAGCCUUUAAGAAAUGUAUGGCGACAUUGUGAGUGUCUUGGUGGCAUUUGAUUGGUUCAUUUAUAUUAUGUAGGGGUUAAAGGGCGUCAGUGCCACGUAUGUAGUUCGUGUCUUUAAUCUUGCAGGAGCAGAAGUCGAACAGGACACUGAUGUGUUCAGGGUACAUCAGUGCAGAAGUGCUAAAAGGGAAACUGAAUGUCAAUACUGUGUUUUUUGUUGUUGUUUUUUUAACUCUUGAUUUUGCAAUGCAAGGACCGUAACCGUAAUGAAAUAGAGGCCACAGUUAACAUCCAAUUUGUAAAUACACAUGAUUCAAUGUGUAUACGAAGUGACGUGUCACGUUCACACAAAUAUCUUGCCGACACUCUCCUCUGGGAGUCUGCGUUUUUUAUUUAUUUCACGUUGUGAUGUAUGUGAAGGGGUGAAACUGACGUGGAAUCUGUGUCAUAGACAAACCUAAUGUUCAGUGAAGAGUUGUGAGCUGUGUCUCAAUUCAGGGGCUGUACCGUUCAGAGGCUGCAUUGGAAGAGCGAUUGCGUCAAGGUGGCACGAUCAGGGCCAUUUCAUUUUGAAGACCCCUUCAAACGCGGAUGAGAAAUUAGUCUUUUCAUCCCCAAGAAAUGAAGGUUUCAAUGGGUGGAUCUAUCCCAUCUAUCCCAGAAUUCAUUGCGUUUUACUGUUUUUCAAAGAGGUAAUGGCGCCGGCAAGUAAUGAGACAUCCGUUGCUGAAGUAUCACACUUCAAGUCAACCAAACAGCCAAUGUUGCGCACGUUAAAAAAAUCAAGGGGCAUUCAAACUUUCUCGCUGUGUCCAACUUCAGCUCCGUUGCUAGGUAACAGCAAUAAGGGCGGGAUGAGCUGGUGACACCCAUCAUCGAAAUCCUCUGUAGAUCAGACCGACUCAUUGUGGUUCAGCCUUAGCGGUCUCCCCAGCCCGCAAAGGCCGCCUCCUUUAUUGUCCGGGUAGACUGCGUCCUCUGAAGGAGGUCGACCCGUGAAUUGGGACACAGCUUUGUCUGGAGGUUUAUAUAAUAUUCACACUUCCUGUUAAUUGUUUCUUUACAGGCACAAACUGUUAAUUUCACCCCCUGGGCAACAAUUGCCAACAAGCUGCAUGCUGCUACGUGUUUUACAAUUGAGGAGUAGUUUUUGUUUCCCAGACAAAACAUCUGUGUUUCAUACGGUUUAGAAGUUUAUGUCAGCAAAUAUUUUAUAAUCAGAAAGAGCAUUGUAAUAAAACCAGCCUCUGCCUCGUGUUGUAUAUGAUUUACAAGCUGGACACAAGUGUUUUAAGUUUGUCAGUGGGUCUGAGUUCUACUUGUUUUGUUUAGCAUCAUUCUACUGACCCCCGUACAACACUGAACACACAUGGAACAAGUCAGCUCAAAGGUAUUUAAGGUAUGUGUAUCAUCUGUUUAAAAAUUAAAAGUUGCGAUUUAUCGGUGAUCCGCGAUACCUACUUGAAUUUUGAACUGUAAAUGUAUCUUUUUAUGAGCUGUACAUCAAAAGCUGUCAUAUGUGAAAGCGAAACAGGGAUUGCUAAUAUGCCUUGUUUAUGUUACGAAUUUUUGUUUUGUUGCCUUUUUUGUUCGCAAAUUAUUGUUGCACGUAGAAUAUUUUUGUUACUCGACUCCUCACAACACUGUGAUUUACUUGUGUGAUUUCCCCCCCCCCAUGUACUAUGUGAUUGUUAAGCGUUUUGUAAUGGAGCAGUUUCAAAUGUAAAAAACCACGAGGCUUCUCGAGGCUGGUUGUUUUUGCUUUAGUUAAGGAUUUUAAAAUUGAAAACAAAAACGAAAAAAAACGUAUGUUUAUGUGCCAGUGAUUGAAUUCAUUACAAUUCCAUGGUUAAAAAAAAAUCUUUUGGUGUCGUCGUAGGAUGAUGCUGGUUUUCUUUUCCCAUGCAGCAGUGCCAACUCGCAACGAGUUCAGUGGUUCUGAUUAGUUCUGUUCUGUUUGCCAUGGUAAAACUUUUCAGUAGGAGCCAUUAAACCAGUGUGUUUAGAUCAGGACGGAUUUAUGUAUGUAUGUAUGUAAGGCAUAUGUCAUCCACAUCACAAGAGAAUAUCGCUUAUCUCACGUGUUAAAGAGCAGCCAGGAUGUGGCGUCUUAAUACGUCAGUGGGAUUCAAUAGAAAAUCUUGCAAGGGGUUUCAGGACGGCAGCAGACGGCCACUUCUGGGGGACGUGGGCGUCUCUGAGCAGGGUCAUGCAUGGUCAACGUCUUCAUGCAUUCACUAUUACUGCAUGUGGUAUCGCAUGGGUAUGCACUGUAAAACAAACAUAUACACUUGCAAGAGUAAUUUUGUUCUUUUUUUCUUAGUACAUGUACAUAAUGAUUACUUAAGCUUUAUUCUUGUACUGUGUCACACAAUGUAAAUCCACAAAUGACGAGGAUGAUGGUGUGGGGGAGAACAUUUAACAACUUUAGUCCAAUAUCCAGCACAGAAGUAAAUCGUUAAGGGAAAACUUGAAUACUGAUCAGCACAGUUCAUAAGGACCUGGGCAGUGCAAAUAGACAUGAAUACUAGGAUCACCUUGCAACAUAGGCGUACCAUUGUCUUUAAUUUAUUAAUCCAAGAGAACAAAACAAAGCAGACAUUAUGGUACCGGAGCGUGGCGCCGUCGUCUGCUCUGAAUGUACAUGAGAGAUGUAGGUGGAAGGUUUGGUGACGUUCCAUGAAUGUGUUGGAGAUGAGAAAAUAUUUGUCACUUACAGUUUUUUCACUUGUCCAUUACAAUAAAUACCAAAUUAACCCUCGGCCAAGAAAAUAAUGUUUUUUUUAGUACUGAAUCAAUGAACCAUUAAUGUGUUGCAUGGAUUUCAAACUACUGCCAAGAACAUGAAAGUCAUUAUUACUGGGUACAGCUGAGCAUAUAUAACAAAUUAUUAUUGCCUUUGUUUUGCUCAUUUUCUUUCAGGAAAAGCAAUAUACAGAAACUGCCAAUAAAAACAUAGUGAACUUUG